CAUGACUUAUGAUUCACCAAUACUAAAUCCUCAUUUGACAAUUGAGCUCUCGAGGAGUAGUAACUACCACCACUACCAAAAGCAUUAAAAAUUCAUUUUUAACGGACGCUACCCUUUUCUUUGAGUAAUUUUUGCAUCCAGGGAUUGUUUCGGUGUUCUUAUUUACUACUUCUCUAGUCAAGCAGGAAUCGUUGCUAUACAAUGGAGGAAUCUCGAAAUAUCGUCAUUGUCGGAGGUGGUGUUACAGGCACUAGUUGCUUAUAUUUUCUUGUGAAUCAUCCGAAUUUCAACAGAGAACGCGAUACCAUCACUCUGUUUGAAAGUUCUGGGAUUGCGUCGGCAGCCUCUGGCAAGGCUUCUGGUUUUCUUUCAUUAGAAUGGCAUGGUCCUUCUACUAGCUCAUUAGCUGCUCUCUCUUACAAUCUUCACAAACAGCUUGCUGAUGAGCUUGACGGCCAUAAAAAGUGGGGUUAUCGUGCUCUAGAUACUUGGUCUAUUAAGGCAGACGAGAAAUGCACUCAUCCUGACAAGUUGUCGCCUGAAAUUGAGUGGAUUGAACCUUCUAUUGUGGAAAAGGUAACUCGUCUUGGUAAUAAAAAAAAUUCAGCACAAGUACACCCAUAUAAAUUCUGUCAUUCUAUCUUUGAAGAGGCUAGCAAAGUGGCUAAUGUUAACCUCGUGAAAGGUCAUGUCAUUAGCGUCGAUGAAAACGAGGUCGAGUAUCGCUUAAUCGGUGAAGAUUAUGCGCCGGAUGAAGAAGAAGAGAUUACUUCUGUUGAAGAACUUCAUACUAUCCAUUCAAUGGAAGCAUCUCAUGUCAUCGUUGCGGCCGGUCCUUGGACUCCACAUCUGAUUCCUAACUUACGCAUUUGCGGUGCUCGCAUCCACAGUAUCACUGUCGAUCUUCCUAUGCGACUAAACGGUAACGCUGUUUUUUCUGAAAUUGUUUAUGCCGAUGGAACUGUUGGCGCCCCUGAAUUUUACGCUCGUGAAGAUGAGUUGUAUGUCUGCGGUGAGUUUGAUGACGAACCGUUGCCCGAAUUGUCUUCGGAAACAAAGGUGGAUCAGGGAAGAUGUCAGGCUAUCAAGGAAUGUGCCGACCAUUUCCAUCCUGUCAUUCGUGAUUCUAAGGUGAAAGUGCGCCAAGCUUGUUAUUUGCCUAUUUCAAAUGCAACAGGUGCUCCCGUAAUUGGAAAAAUUGGUUCAUCCAUUUACGUAGCGGCUGCUCAUGGUUGUUGGGGUAUUACCUUGGGACCUGGUACGGGAAAGGUUCUUUCGGAAAUGGUUCUGGAUGGGAAAGUAACAAGCGCAAACAUCGAUCUCUUAGAUCCUGAAGGCUCUUUUGUUUAAAAUAGCCGCUUCUUAUAUUCCCCUCUCGUGUUAUAUCUCCUGGUUUUAUGAUCAUGUUUUCCGCAUUACUUUUGGUUUUGUAAGUACAGUACCCUCGGGACACCCUUAUUUUUUCUCUCCCGUUAUAAUGAUCCCUUCUUACAACUUUCCUUUUUUCUUGAUGCAGGUUGAAUUAAUGCGCGAUUAUUGAUUUCUUUUACUUAUUUACUGCAUUAUAACGGUGAAUAUUCAGGAUAUUUACCUAAUAAUUUUGGGUGUAAGGUUAUUCUGUUUUUUGCUAUUCGGUUUUUUCCCUUAUUCACUAAGUAACGAAAACUAUUAGAUUUAAAUAACUAAUUUUUGAGUCUCCCGCUGACAAUUUAAAACGUCAAAUCGCUACUAUUUUAAGUAAAAGUCUUUCAUUAAUGCUAUCCUUAAAUAAUCUUUAUAUUAAUAAAAAGGCGUCAACAAAUAUCAACUCUAAAUUAUAUACUAAGAAGUUCAUUUCCCAUUAUUAUUUGUC